AUGGAAGGCACGGAGAAUAAUUUAAAUGUAGAAGGGCCAUAUCCAAUACUGUUCAUACCUAAAGUGUGCACAACUUUGGAGACAAACUGCGGAAUGUCAGAAAAUGUGUUCAUACAUUUAAACAUAAAAUCUCCAGACACAGAAGGAAAUGAAACAGUCAUAUACAAUGGCUUUUGUAAUUUAAAAGUGGUAGAUGGGAAUGAUAUUAAUAUUAGGUAUGGGUCUCCUACUAGCUUGUCAAGCAGUGAAAACAUCCCUGUCAUAUUAGCAGAAGCAAAUCAGAUAACAUUUCCGGCAUACAAUGAGUCUCAAGUCUGGAUAGAUCCUUCUAGAAGUCCAUAUGUGUAUAAUCGCUGUGAGACACCACCAUUGGAGUCUUAUACUAUAACAGAGGGUCCUGAUAACCAUAUAACAAUAGAACAACAUAACAUGUAUGUUACUCAAAAUGUAUAUAAUUGUAAUGAGCCAGUACAAUACUCUCCUGUCAGCGAUGAACAAAAAUUGGUCAAAAAAGUCAGUGAACCAGUCCAAAAUUCAGACGGUUACAACAUGUAUGAGGAGGAUGAAUUUGAGUGUGGAGUAUUCUUGUCACAAUUGUCUGAAGAAAUUAUAAAUGAAAAGGAAACACGGGCAAGAGAUGAGAGGAAGUUUGUUGGCCUGCACACAGAUAAUGAAGCUUUAAAACAACUGAUGUCAACUGAUAUACAGUCUGUUUCACGGCAGCAAAAGACUAUACUAUUCCUGGGUCAUGAUUCUGAAUCUGGACAGACUAUUCAAAAUAUUUCUAUCAAUGACCCCCUGAUGGAGUGUGCUGGAACUGGUGAAGUGGACAGUGAAAUUGUUGUUGAUGACUGCCCCACAUCCACUUCCAAUCCACGCUCAAAGAAAUAUCAAUGCAACAAAUGUAAGAAGAUCUUCGACCAACUGUCUGCUUUCAAACAACACAUGGUUGUGAGCCAUCGUUUUUACAACCCCUACGACAUUUCUGGUAACGUCAGAUAUAUGUGUAGCGAUUGUGGUAAGAAUUUGAAAAACCAAGAAAAGUUUGAGCAACACUGCCUUGGACAUGGCGAUCCAGAUCUAGAAUGUAACAAAUGCCAUAAAGUGUUCGCUUCAAAAUUUACUUUACGCAAUCACCGUAAGAUUCAUUCCAGGAUGUUUCCGUGCAGCCAUUGUGUAAAAUCUUACUCUACGGCUGAUGAAUUGUGCUCUCACGCAGCGAAAGCACAUGCUGUUUAUAUGUGCAACUCUUGUUCGUUCUCUUGCGAUAAUACGGCAGAUUUGACUUCACACCAAGAGGAGCACAAUGACGAAGUAAAAAGCUUGACAAAGAAUUCUAGUGAGAGUGACUUCGCAGCAGAGAUGUUUAGUGAGAUUAUAAGCGAUAUGUCGGCAUCUGAUGAAAUCGUGAAGUCUGAAGAGGAUCAUGUUCAACGAGCUGAUUCUGUCAUAGCUAAAGUCAUGUCUAAUAAGCUGUUUCGGUUUGGCGGCAAGAAAAGUAAGAAGCAGAGGAGAUAUGAUAAGACUUGCGAUGUUUGUCUGAAGAAAUUCGACAGGAUCGGCGACCUCAAACGUCACCUAAUCGAACAUGUUAUACAAAGCACUCUGGCCAAGAACCCGGUCAACAAAUAUGGGGUUCUUAAUAUACGAUGCGAAAUAUGCCAAGAAAAAGUAUUUACCAAAAUCGAUAGAUACAAAGCGCAUCUGAGAGAACAUGCUAAACUUACUCUGUAUAAAUGCACUUUUUGUGAUAAAUCCUUUAGCGAUUCCAGUAAUUUUUCCAAACACAAAAAAAUUCAUGGCACCACUUUCUUCCAAUGCGAUAUUUGUCAGAGGAAAUUCAACUCUAAGAAGAUGAUCACGCAGCAUAUGGAGUAUCACAACAAAAACAAUCCGUUACACUGCCAGUACUGUGACAAAGUGUUCCACUUUAAAUCUAUGCUUAACAAGCAUAUUAAAUGUUCCCAUGUCAAAGAAAGUACCUGUAAGUUCCGAUGCAGGUUCUGUCGGGAUUAUUUUAGGAGUUUGAAGGAGAAGUGGGAUCAUGAGUGGACAGUCCACAAUGUUAGGAAGGUGAUUGUCGACUGCUUGAUCUGUGGAUCACGCUUCAGAAAGUACGCUGAGCUGAAGAGACACUGCACAGAUGAACAUGAUACCGUCAUCCCUCCAGCUAAGAGGCUUUUGAGAUGGAAGUUGAAGAAUAAGGAGAGGAUUAUAGAAGGUGAGUGA